AUGUUCGCCAACGGCAUCUUCUCCUGGUUCUCUCCCAAGGAGCCAACCCCCAAAACUACCUCCAACCCUCCCACCACCGAGAAGAACCAGCCUAUCAGUCCCCAGGCCCCCUCCAUCGACCGCAUAAUGACCGAGGAACCUACCUCCCAGGAGCAACCCAUGAAGCUGCGCGGUGGUGGUGCUGGUGAUGUCUGCUGCGGCGUUUGCACCGGUCUCCUCUGCUUCGAGUGCUGUGAGGAGUGUUGCUAG